AUGUCUGAACACGAAGGCAAACAUGAGAAGAAAAUCACUGAGGGGAGAUGGACCACCGGUUUAUACGAUUGUUUCUCCGAAGAUAUCUCUACAUGUUGCUUGACAUGCUUUUGUCCUUGCGUUGCAUUUGGGAGGAUCGCUGAGAUUCUUGACAAAGGGGAGACACGUCAAGGACUUGCUGGAUUACUGGUAGUGGCAAUGUCCUCCAUUGGAUGUGGAUGGUACUAUGCUUCACAAUACAGAGCCAAAUUGAGGAACCAAUACUCCUUGCCCCAGGAACCUUGCCCCGAUGAUCCUAUCCACUUCUUCUGCUGCCCAUGUGCUCUUUCUCAAGAACACCGUGAACUCAAAUAUCGAGGUCUUGAUCCCUCUUUAGGGUGGCAAGGUAACAUUGAGAGCAAAAGGCCGCCGUUUGUAGCUUCAAGCAUGGACCGUUGA